AUGAAGGUGUUCAAGAAGAAAGGAGGAGCAGCAGGACGCAAAAUAACAGAUUAUGGUGGCCCAGAAGAGAAACCCAACAUUGAAACAAGACUACUCUGCAUCCUAAAGGCUCUGUGCGUGUACUUGAAUGAAGCCCCCGAGGACCUGGUUAAGACCUACAUGGAUGCCGAUGUUGGAGCAGAGAAGGAGUUUGAGAAAGUAGUGCUGGGUGUCUACAUCGUGGAACAUCAACAUGCCGAUGCAUCAGACUCAUUGGAGGACUUUGGAAUAAUCAUCGAUGGCAUUGCAACCGAGCAGUGUUUGUGUCUGCUGCAGCCUCAGCACUCCGCCCACGGCUGCAUGCAUAUCCAGUCUCGCUGCUCCCCGCCGGCCUUGCGUUGCCGCUCCGUUAGCCGCCAAAGCAUGUCGGUGGCGGCGACAAGCGGCACGCAGCUUGUAACCUGCAUGAAUCCUCUUCAGUGUCCCGGCCCCAGUCCCCCGCGGACCUCCACGGCGUCCACAGCCUUCUCAAAGCCUGUGGUUGUGCCCGCCUUAAAGAGCUUGGUUAAUGGAGGAUUUAUUUGUUGCAAAAUGGGGACAAUUUGA